AUGAUUGCGUUACAGAAUCGGCCCAUCUUGCCGCCCGCCAAAGUGGAUAUCUCACUGCUCCUCAAGCCUCAAGAUGAGGAUGAUGCCCCGAGGAAUCCCACAUCGAUCUAUUCCUCCCGAACGGGCUUUGCGGUUCCCCCUCCCGUUCCAGCCGCCCCGGUCUUGACCACCGGUCCCCCCGUCGUGGGCCCCUCGUUAAUCAAAACCGGUCCCGGUCUACCUGCAAAGCGUCUGCAACCCGCCCAUACCGCCGAGUCCCCCGCGAAGAAACAGUCCAAGUGGUCGCCGGAAGAAGAUGCCUUGAUCAUUGAGCUGCGGGGCAGUGGAAUGAAAUGGGAGGAUAUCAGCAAACGACUGCCGGGUCGCAGUGCGAUCAGCUGUCGUCUUCAUUACCAAAACUAUCUGGAACGUCGCAGUGAAUGGGAUGAGGAUAAGAAGAAUAAAUUGGCUCGACUAUAUGAACGGUUCAAAGCUGAAAUGUGGUCCAAAGUCGCCGAAGAGAUGGCUAUCCCGUGGCGUGCCGCCGAGGCCAUGCACUGGCAACUAGGAGAACAAGAGAUGGCCCGCCGCGCCGGCGUGGUGCCCUUCUCUCUAUCGAGUGCCGCCAUCGAUCCUCCCAUGACUCGGACUCGCCGGGCCAGCACAUCCCUCGCUCGACCACGGAAGAGUUCCACCUCCCGCGCAAUCCCAGGCCAUCUGCCCGGCCUGCCCACACAGUUGCCCUCUCUCGAAGAACUAGCUGCAGGCGUGCCCGCAUAUGCGCCACCUGCCCCGCCCCCACCACGAGAAUACUAUACUCUCGCUCGACCACCCGACAUGGGUCUUGCUCCUCAUGCUCCUCCGCCUCAUCCUCCAUCGCAUCAAAUGCCUUCUGCCCCACCAGGUUUGAUGCCACCGCACAUGGGAAUGCCGCCACGCACCCUACCUUAG